GUUGUGUUUUGUAAACUAAAUACCCCUGUUGAUAAACGUUAAGAGCAUAUAACCACUUCGUAGGGUUGAAUAGUUUCUGGAACAUUAUAUAAAUGUUAUGCUCAGAAAAUUAGUGAUUCUAACAAAAUUUAGUCAUGGAUGUGAAUGGAAAAGGAAGAGUCUCUCCCUCCGAUACAAUUGAGUUAAAAAUAAAUGGCACAAAGAAUGAGCACGAUGUGUCCAGUGAUAGAGGAUCAAAAGACGAUAAAACAAAGAAAACAGAAGAAAAACAGGAACUUGUCGGAACCUUUGAAAUUUUCAAAUACUCCACAUGCCUUGAUGUUUUUCUCAUGAUCGUGGGAACCAUGGCGGCAGCGUGCCAUGGGUCAGCAUUUCCAUUGAUGAUCAUCGUGUUUGGAGCGAUGAUUGACCUCUUUGUGGGCAAUGCAAAAUAUUCCAACAGCCUGGCUAUUGUAGAUAAAUGCGGGGGGCUGUCUGCUUUCAAUCUGACAAUGGAAGGCGUGUUCUCCAAUCCUGAAAGCCUUGUGCCCUUCUAUGGCCCCAUAUUGGCCUACACACAAAAUUUGACCAACAACUGUACAGAAGCUGUGAACUUUGCCGACAUGCAGAAUGAGAUACAGAAUCAACUUCUGGACACUAUGCAGACCUUUGCUCUGUACUUUAUAGGUAUUGGCAUUGGAGUACUGGUCCUUGGUUAUCUGCAAGUUACCUGCUGGAUGUUGGCCUCUGAAAGACAGACACACCGGAUACGAAAGAGCUUCUACCAGAACAUUCUACGUCAGAACAUUGGCUGGUUUGACGUUCACGAAUCAGGAGAGCUAAAUUCUAGAAUAACAAAUGACAUCUCGAAGAUUCAGGACGGUAUCGGUGACAAGCUGGGCCAGUUCAUGCAAUGGUUCUGUGCGUUCCUGGCAGGGGUGAUUGUGGGGUUUGUUCAUGGCUGGAAACUGACACUGGUCAUCCUGUCCAUCAGCCCACUCCUUGCGCUGUGUGCGGUCAUCAUGACCAAGUUGGUAGGCAAGGCAUCAGGGGCUGAAUUGAAGGCCUAUGCCAAGGCAGGGGCCAUAGCUGAGGAGGUUUUAGGGGCCAUAAGGACCGUUCUAGCAUUUGGAGGAGAAGAGAAGGAAUGCAAGAGGUAUGAGAGAAACCUAUUGGCAGCCCGGGACAAGGGCGUCAGGAAGGGCUUUGUAGGCGGAGCAUCAACAGGAUUGGUCUGGAUGGUUGUGUUCUGCGCUUAUGCGCUUGGCUUCUGGUAUGGCGGCAAGCUUGUGAUAGAAGAAAGUAAAAAAUACACCAUCGGGAAUGUGAUGACUGUGUUCUUCAGCGUGAUCAUAGGAGCUUUCUCCCUGGGUAAUGCAGCACCACCUCUGCAGAGCUUUGCUGUGGCCAGAGGAGCAGCCUUUAUUGUCUACAGCCUCAUUGAGAAGGUCCCUGAGAUUGACAGUGCAUCUACCAAGGGCCGGACCCUUGAAAAGAUGGAGGGCAACAUUCGUCUAGAGGGUGUCCACUUCCAGUACCCUUCCAGGAAAGAAGUCAAGGUCCUGCAGGGUGUUGACGUGGAGAUACGACGAGGGCAGACAGUGGCACUGGUUGGGGCCAGUGGGUGUGGCAAGUCUACUGUGGUGCAGCUGCUGCAGAGAUUCUAUGACCCAGAGCAUGGAUCUAUCAAGAUUGACGGAGUUGACAUAAAAGACCUAAAUGUCAAGUGGUUCCGAGAGCAGAUAGGGAUCGUGAGCCAGGAACCAGUACUGUUCGGUACCACCAUCAAGGAGAACAUUCGCUAUGGACGCCUAACUGUGACAGACGAAGAAAUCGUGGCGGCUGCACAGAAGGCUAACGCUCACGUUAUUAUGAAGCUGCCACAGAAAUAUGAAACUCUAGUUGGUGAACGUGGGGCUCAGCUGAGUGGAGGUCAGAAACAGCGUGUGGCUAUUGCACGAGCCCUUGUGCGCGACCCCAGGAUACUUUUACUGGACGAGGCCACUUCAGCCCUUGAUACUGAGAGCGAGGGAGUCGUACAGGAAGCACUUGAGAAGGCAAGCCAUGGACGCACUACAAUUGUUGUUGCCCACCGCCUGUCGACCAUCAAGACUGCAGACAUGAUUGCCAGCUUCAAGGAUGGAGUCAUUGUGGAGAAGGGGACGCAUAAUGAACUCAUGCAGAAAAAUGGCAUUUACUAUCAGCUUGUCACGCAACAGAGCAUGGUCACAGAAGAUGACCUGGAGAUUGAGCAUUUUGAUAAGUCUGAAGCCAAGUCAGCCAAGUCAGUGGAGAAGUUGCAGAGAGCUCUGUCUCACUCAGUCUCUGUGGAUCAACCUAUCGCAGCAACCAAAGAGAAGGAGAAGAAAAAGGAGAAGGUGAAUGCUGGCAUGGGACGUAUCAUGAAGAUGAACGCUCCGGAAUGGUACCUCAUCCUUCUGGGCUGUUUUGCUGCUCUUAUCAAUGGAGGUCUUAUGCCCGCAUUUGCUGUUAUAUUUGCUGAAAUCCUUGGUGUGUUCCAAAUCCAGGACAGAGAUGAGCAAGAGAGAAAGAUCAUGAUGUAUUCCCUGAUGUUUGUUGGCCUUGGGGUUCUCAGUAUGAUCACAUACUUUAUACAGGGCUUCAUGUUUGGAAAAUCUGGAGAGAAUCUCACUGUUCGUAUUCGAUCUCUGAGCUUCAAGGCUUUGUUGAAACAGGAGAUGUCCUACUUUGAUGAUCACGAGAAUAAUGUGGGAGCACUGUGUACCAGACUGUCAACGGAUGCUUCACAAGUGCAGGGGGUUGCAGGAAUACGUCUGGGAACCACAAUCAUGUCCCUGUGCAGCGUGAUAUCCGGUGUGGUGAUUGCCUUUGUGUACAGCUGGAAGCUGACCCUGCUUAUUAUCGGCUUCCUGCCUUUCAUCAUGGUAGGAGGCAUGCUGCAGAUGAAGAUGCUGACAGGGGCUGCGGGAAAAAAUAAGGAGGCUUUGGAAACAGCUGGCAAGGUGGCCAUUGAAUCCAUUGAGAAUAUAAGGACUGUUGCAUCUUUGACUCGAGAAAACAUGUUCGUGGAGAAAUUCCUACACGAGUUGAUAGGCCCCUACAGGGAAGCCAUGAAAAAGGCGCACAUUGUUGGAAUUGCCUUCUCGUUUUCUCAAGCUGUGAUCUUCUUUACUUACGCAGCCGCCUUUUGGUUGGGUGCAUACUUGGUUGAGCGGAAUGAAAUCACUUACGUUGAUGUUUUCAAGGCCUUCUCAGCGGUUGUGUUUGGAGGCAUGGCAAUAGGUCAGGCCAGCGCAAUGGCUCCAGAUGCGGCCAAGGCUCAAACAUCUGCAGAACAGAUCUUCAAACUGCUAGACCGCAAACCCGCUAUUGAAAAUGAGAAGGGCUUGGGGAAGAAACCUGCAAAGGGAGAGUUUACCAGCACGAUCCAGUUCUCCAGCGUGAAGUUCCGGUACCCGACCAGACCGGACACAGUGGUCUUGAACGGUCUCCAACUGAGCGUGGAACCAGGACAGACUGUAGCUCUCGUGGGGAGCUCUGGCUGUGGCAAGAGCACGACUGUACAACUGGCUGAGAGGUUCUAUGAUGUGGAGGACGGAGUGGUGAUGUUGGACAAAUACAACAUCAAGGACCUGAAUGUCGGGUGGCUGAGGUCACAGAUAGGGAUUGUAUCCCAGGAGCCAGUGCUGUUUGACCUGACGAUAGCGGAGAACAUCGCAUAUGGAGACAACUCUCGGGAAAUACCCAUGGAUGAGAUCAUAGCUGCGGCGCGCAAUGCCAACAUCCAUGAAUUUAUUUCAUCUUUACCUAAUGGCUACAACACGAGCGUAGGUGAGAAAGGGGGCCAGCUGAGCGGUGGUCAGAAACAGCGUGUGGCCAUUGCACGUGCACUCGUGCGAAAUCCAAAGAUACUUCUACUAGAUGAGGCCACAUCAGCGCUUGAUACAGAAAGCGAGAAGGUGGUGCAGGAGGCGCUAGAUCGUGCCCGGGAAGGACGCACAAGUAUCGUGAUAGCGCACCGCCUGUCCACUAUACAGAAUGCGGACAAGAUCUGCGUGAUAAGACACGGUGUCGUCACAGAGGAAGGCAAACAUUCUGAGCUCAUGAAGCAGCAAGGAUUCUACUAUAAGCUUAAUGUUGCACAGGCUAGAAAGAAAUGAGCAUCACAGUCUAACACUUGAAUCAAAGUUUGUGCUGUUUGAACAAUGUUUUAUAGUUUAGACCACAGUUGUUAAUAUUGUUAUAACUUGCAACAACAAAAUCAGCAUUCAAAUCAAUAUCCAAAGGUUUCUUUUAUUUGUACUUUGCAUGAUAUAAUAUAAUAAAUCAGUGAUUUACAGACAAACAUUAUCAAGUUGCAAAAACAAGAUAUUGUGGGAAUCACGGAAUCAUUUUAAAUCAAGGAAACAACUACCGGUACAAGGAUGGUCAAAAUUUUGACUCAUAUUAUCAUUAUAAGCUAUUCUUACGUGUUUUAACUCAUGUGUGAUAAUGACCAUAUCAUGUUAACUUCAUAUAUUUGUAUUUCAAAAUGUAUACACAUUAGAAUAAAGAGUAGUUAUCUCCCCUGAGCUCAAUCUAAUCAAUGAAACUUGCUCGAAGCAUUUGUGUAAAUGUCAUGACCAAGUAGGAAAUGUGUGCCAUGUUUAACAUUGCUGACAGGGGGUAGAGCAGUUUUUUAAUGUCUGAGGGCCUUUUUUUUGGUUAAAUGAUAAAGCAGUUGUAUAAUGAAAUGAUCAACAAUCUGUCAAUGAGAAAAAUCAUUGAAUUACUGUCAACCAUGACACAAUAUUUAAAUUAACAUUACGCAGAAUUUGUUUAUGUUUAUAUAUAAGUGACCUCACUAAAAAUUGUAAAUUAGACAAGUGGGGCAAGAUCACCAUUACUAAUAGCAGUUAUUCUUGUGAAUUUUAGAAUUUUUGCUUUGUCCAACGACUGUUCCAUGAAACAGGAGUCAGGCGGUUUUAUUUCUACAUCUUAAUUAACAUUAAAGUUUAAGUGUAAACUUCUCUUUGUUUAUAAGAGGUAUUUACUCAAGAAUUUGACAUAGCAAAGAACUCUUCUCUAGUUAUGACUGUCACAUUUAGGAAAGUCAUAUCAUCAGUAUGAAUAGGCGAUGAUAUUAUUUACAAACCAUUUUUUGUUUCCAUUUUGACAAUCUUCUUUCUUGCCAUUAUAGUUAAGGGUUCGAGAAUGAUAAUUAUUAGAAAAUAUUAACUUGAUUGUAAUUUUCUUAAAAUUUUCGUGAUACAUUAUGCAUUAUGCGAGCGAUGUAGUCCAGACGAGCAUGCACAACAGCGCAGUGCGCUAUAAAGUGAUGCAAGGAUAUUAUGGUUUAAUUUGCUAACAGGGUAUCUCCUGUUUGCAUCUGGCAUUAGACCCAUUUUCACAUAAUGUGGCUCAGAUGCCAAAUCAACUUGUCAAAUUGAAAUCUCCAAAUUUUGUCAAGUACAUGUAUUACUUAACAAUAAAAAAUACUCCGGACUGGGCACUUCCCAGUGAUGCCACUUGUCAGCUUUAAAUGGGACCUUUUCAUGUUUUGGUAAACAUUUACCGUUCUCUAAAAUAUCCAUUAUAUGCAUUUUUGACGAUUUAAAAACCUGAAAAUUAUCAGGUGUUUCAAACGUGAAACAAUUGAAUAAUUUUGCUCUUUAUAUUGUUUGCCAUUACAAGGAUUGCUUAUAUAAUUGAUAAAAUACACAUAUCACCGGAUGGCCGAGUAGUUUAAGUGCUUGACUUUUACUCCUAGGGUCAGAGGGACUUUUACUCCAAGGGUCAGAGGUUGAGCCCAGUUAUGGGUUAAAUUUUUUCUUUUUAAAUGUUAUACUUGUUUUUGAACUUAGCUAUUUAUUUCAAAUGUUUACAUUUAGCAAAUUUAAAGGAAUUUAAUGACAAAGUUCUUUGCCAAAAUCUGUUACAAGGUCCCUUAAACUGAUGUUGGUAUCACAGUAUGAAUCACAUCUUCAGUAAAUACUGAUACAUAUAAUAUACAUUGUAUAAACCAAUUUAUUAUCUGAGACUUGGCAUUUAUGAUAAUUACUGCCCUGUUGAGAUCAUCGAUUUUAUGUUUACACAACAUUGCUUAAGUGGUGAAUCUCGGAUCAUAUUGGUGCAUGAUCACACAGGUUUUACCUCCAAUAAUUGUUUAAUUAUCAAGUUUACCUGUUACUUUGUGUUUUUUCUUAUUUCUGUUUUAUUUUUAUUAUAUGUGUGUUACCAUAAAUGUGUUGAAACUUUUGUUAUUUACUUAGAACUGAAUUCCAACUUGUAUAUAAUAAGUAAAUACCGGUGUACACUUCAUGUUCAGUUACGUAUGGAAUGCAAUUGCUGUUUGGAAGAGUUGAAUACAAACUUAUCAAAGUAUAGAGAAUAUUGGUUGGUGCCGAGAUGGAGAAAGUUUAUCCGGUGAGGCUUAGAAAAAGAAAAUAGGGCGAUCUUUAGCGAGCCCUAUUUUUCUUUUUCGGGCCGAACCGGAUAAACUUUCUCCAUCUCGGCACCAACCAUGCAUUCGAUUAUCCUGCUUCAUGCCGUUGACACAUUUUAUCAAAGACAAUUGACAUAAACAUAUAAUUAUUAUUGUCGGGCCUCCUACAUUCAUGACGACCGAAUAACUACCGAUUGUGUCACGUAAAAAUAGUUCCACAUUAAACUGUUCUUUUUAAUACUUUCCUAUUGAAAGUAUGAGGGGGGAAAAAAACGAAUUGAGAAUGUGAUAUUUUUCUUGGUAAAAAAAUAAAAGCAAAACAAAAACCAAAUUUUAUUUACAUUAAUGACAACUUUAAUCCAUUGCUUAUAACAAUACAUUUACAACGAUAUACAUCUACAUAUCCGUUUUCUGUUCUUCCAUCCCUUUGUCGAAAUCCAUUUCUGUUUUUCCAUCUCAAGUAUCGAAAUGUAUUUUAAACCACACUAUUUCUUCAGGUAUCGAAUGCUAACCAUUCUGACCCAAAACCCGAUUUACAAAAUCGUAAUCCUAUGGUAGCGAAUUAUUUUAUUCCUAUCAAAGUUAGGAAUGACAAACACACAAUCCGAAAAUACGUUUAUGAUUCGGUCAAUGCUUUAAAAAAAAAAAAUUUAAUACUGUUUAGUGUUAAAACCACCACGUCAAAAUUGUUGUCACUAGAAUCCUGAGAAAACUAGAUAGAAUGUU